AUGAGACGUGACUUGUGGGUUCUGCUGGUGACCAGGGACCCGGAUAAUGAAAUACUUCUCAAGCCCAACGUCAAAUACGUUGCCAAUAUGCACGGCGAUGAGACUGUCGGCCGCCAGCUGAUGGUAUACUUGAUCUCGCACCUGCUGACUCAAUACAAUGUGGACCCGCACGUACGCCAAUUGGUGGACAAUACGCGUGUCCAGAUCAUGCCCAGCAUGAACCCCGAUGGCUACGCUGCCCCCAAGGAAGCCUACUGCUACGGCGUCACGUGAAGGGAGAACGCUCGUGGCGUGGACCUGAACCGCAACUUUCCGAACCUGUUCACCACUGUCAAACAGGACGAGCAGCCUGAAACCGCGGCAGUGCGAGCGUGGUCGCACGAAAUCCCCUUUGUGCUCGCUGCCAACCUGCACGGUGGCGUCUUAGUGGCCAGCUACCCCUACGACCACGCUCGCUUCUGUAUGCAAGGAAGCAUGGCUGACUACAACUACAUCCACGAAGGCUGUCUGGAUGUGAUGCUGGAGCUUUCACGCUGCAAGUUCCCGAACAGCAGUGCGCUGCCGCGCAUGUGGGAGGAGAACAAGAAGCCCCUUAUCGAUUACUUAGGCGAAGUUCAUAAAGGCGUACGUGGCAUCGUAAUGGAUGAAGAAGGCCUUCCUAUCGCCAGAGCAUCUGUGCGCACUGCGGGACGCAGAAGCAAAUUCAUGACAUCGUCCAGAGACGAAUACUGA